CCUCCUCCCGGUCCCCGGCAGCCGCAGCUCCGGGAGCAGCCGGCGGCGCAGCGGCCGCGCAGCCUUUGUCUCGGGGCCGCCGGGCGGCGGGCCCAGCGCAGGCGCCCCUGAGAGCGUCCAAGUAGAAAGCUGAGGACACCGUCGGUUGUCACGGAGAUGCGGAGGCUGUGAUGGAUGAAUCGCGGAGCCCAGCCAGUUGCUCCCGAAGAGGGAAGCUCCUCCCAGCCCUUGCAGCGCCCUCCAGAUCCAAGACAACCGGGCGGUCGCUGCAGCCGGCAGGCAGAACGCCGCAGCCCCCGAGGCGCUGAGGCCCUUCCUCUCCCCUCUGCCCCGGCUCCAGGCUGCCCUCCACGAUGGCCUGUAACCGCUCGUCCCUCGAGACCUACGAACACCCGCUGCCCGACGGGAGCUACGCGGCAGACCCCGGGCCCCCCGCCCCGCCGGCGCCCCUCAGGAUGUCCCUGGCGGCCCUCAUGAUGCUGAUGAUCGUGGUGGGGCUCCUCGGCAACGCCGUGGUCUGCGUCAUCGUGUACCAGAGGCCGGCCAUGCGCUCCGCCAUCAACCUGCUGCUGGCCACGCUGGCCUUCUCGGACAUCAUGCUGUCCUUGUGCUGCAUGCCCUUCACCGCCGUCACCCUCGUCACCGUCCGCUGGCACUUCGGGGACGCCUUCUGCCGUCUCUCGGCCGCGCUCUACUGGUUCUUCGUCCUGGAGGGCGUGGCCAUCCUGCUCAUCAUCAGCGUGGACCGCUUCCUCAUCAUCGUCCAGCGCCAGGACAGGCUGAACCCCCGCAGGGCCAAGGUGAUCAUCGCCGCGUCCUGGGCGCUGUCCUUCUGCGUCUCGGCCCCGUCGCUGGCCGCCUGGCCGCUGGUGGAGGUGCCGGCGCGGGCCCCGCAGUGCGUGCUGGGCUACACCGAACUGCCGGCCGGCCGCGCCUACGUGCUGGCGCUGCUGGGCGCCGCCUUCUUCGCGCCCUUCGCCGUGAUGCUCGGCUCCUACCUGGGCAUCCUGCACACGGUGCGCAAGAACGCCGUGCGCGUGCACAACCAGUCGGACAGCCUGGACCUGCGGCGGCUGCCCCGCGCCGGCCUGCGGCGGCUCCAGCGGCAGCAGCAGGUCAGCCUGGACCUGAGCUUCAAAACCAAGGCCUUCACCACCAUCCUGAUCCUCUUCGUGGGCUUCUCGCUGUGCUGGCUGCCGCACUCCGUCUACAGCCUGCUGUCGGUGUUCAGCCGGAGGUUCUACUGCGGCCCCUCGUUCUACGCCACCAGCUCUUGCAUCCUAGGGCUCAGCUACCUCAAGUCCGUCUUCAACCCCAUCGUCUACUGCUGGCGAAUCAAGAAGUUCCGCGAGGCCUGCCUGGAGCUGCUGCCCCAGACCUUCCAGAUCCUCCCCAAAGUGCCUGAGCGGAUCCGGAGGCGAAUCCAGCCGAGCACCGUCUACGCGUGCACCGAAAACCAGUCCGCCGUGUAGGGAGGGGGUGGCGGUGAGCCCUCUGCCCCCCGCUCGGCUUCCUGGGACUUCCGUGCAGUCAGCACCUGGGGGGGCCUCUUAAGCACAAAGGGACUCAUUCGUUACCGUGUGAGCUGCGGCUGCCGGGUUGGCACGAUGAAUUAUCUUUGUUUCUCCCGGCGGGUCUGAUGGAAAUUGGACGGCAGUCACGACAAAAGGGGAAACGGGUGGGUGAUGAAGG